GAUGCAAAGAGCAUCUCAAGAGAACCUUUCAGCUUCUAACCGAGCCUACAGAAGGCAUUCCAGUUUUCAAGGGCUUGGUUCCGAGGAACAAGCAGUCCUCGAUAGAAUAUGUAGAAGAGGUAGUAAAAGUCAUCACGCAGCAAAUCCCAGCAUUUUGGUAUCGGAACCUUCUUGCCAAGAUUUCGAGGGUGAUCUUCCAUUUGGCGGUCACCGAAGGGCUAGUACUCAAAGUAUGGGUCCAAUCGUCGUUCCUGAACCGGGAAGAAGAGACAGCAGGGGUCGGCUUUUAGAUGCUAUUCCUAAUCAGGCUAGACGUUCCAGCUUUCAGGGAUUAAGCGAGAGUGUAAUGAGCUUUUUUGUUGGUGGAAGAUAA